UUCCGCCAAAAAACACAGAAGAAGACUUGACUCCGCUGCUUAGCAACAAACAUUAGCGAGCUAGCCAGUUGCCUUUAGCUACUCUCAUGCGCAACGUAGUUAGCUGGAACGAAGGCUCGCGGAUAGAUAGCAUUUUCACCCCGUAAAUGUCACAUAUUUUACUUAGUUGUCGACGUUAAUUAAACGUUACCUGUCGUUUUGAAGCUGAGAACAUUCGGUAUGUGCAGUCAUUAGUUAUAUAUAAUUAGCGGGCGGAGGAGAAGGUUCUUUUCUUUGGGAAAAGUGGCUAACAUUAGCUCGACAACCGUAGCACCGGAUUCAUAGCGUCUCCUAUUGCCAGAGAGAAGAGCAGAGGCAGGCUGGAGAUAUGUGAUUGUGGUUCAGCUGGCUGAUUAGCUCAUCUAAUGUUAGCGGACACUGGAUGAGUUGAAACGUGAUUGUACAGGUGAUAUAUGUGUUUGUGUCACGUCACUAAAACUACUUAGGCGGAGUAGAACUGAGUAAACCAGCCACCAUGUUGGAGGAGGACAUGGAAGUGGCCAUCAAGGUGGUCGUGGUCGGCAAUGGAGCUGUUGGCAAGUCCAGUAUGAUCCAACGGUACUGCAAGGGCAUCUUCACUAAGGACUACAAAAAGACCAUCGGAGUGGACUUCCUGGAACGGCAGAUACUUGUAAAUGACGAAGAGGUCCGACUAAUGCUGUGGGACACCGCUGGGCAGGAGGAGUUUGACGCUAUUACUAAGGCCUACUACCGUGGUGCCCAAGCAUGUGUGCUAGUCUUCUCUACCACAGACAGGGAGUCGUUUCAGGCUAUUGACAGCUGGAGGGAGAAGGUGGAGGCAGAGGUCGGAGAUAUUCCCACAGUUCUAGUGCAGAACAAAAUUGACCUCCUGGAAGAGACCGUUAUAAAAAACGAGGAGGCAGAAGCUUUGGCUAAAAGGCUCAAGCUGAGAUUUUAUCGCGCUUCAGUAAAAGAGGACCUUAAUGUCAACGAGGUUUUUAAGUACCUAGCCGAUAAGUAUCUUCAGCGACUCAAACAGCAAACGGCAGAGGAGACAGAGGUGCUCCACACAACAAGCAAUAAAAUAGGUGUUUUUAAUACCACCAGUAGUAAUGUCUGCAACCAGAGCUCCAGCAACGGCAGAGAAGUCAUCACUUUGCGACCUAACAAACAAAGGACCAAGAAGAGUAAAAAUCCUUUUGGAAGCUGCAGCGUACUCUAGAUAAAAUCAUUUAGUUUUAGUGACUGACUAUUGUUUCUAAAACUAAAUUGGUCAUUGUUGUAUUUUGUGGAGGUAGCCCCAUUUAGAGACCAAAGCCCAAACCGACUGGGAAAUACUACUCUAUACUACUACUAAUAACCUGAUGUUUAAUCUGUGUCCUAAAUUGUUUCACCACAUUGAGGGUUACAUUUAAUUUGAUUCAGCCUUGGAUCUCCAUCAAUGACCGGUGCACAAAAACCUGUCCUUGUGGUUGCCUUAAGUAACAGCAGCAGCUGCAGCUGCAGUACAUGUGUUGUUUAGAUGUCACCUGACAUACAAUCCUCUCAUCAAAACAUGUUACAGCAAAGGUUGCACUCCUGCUCUGUGAAAACUCCUGUAUAUGACUUUUACAGUCGCCCAUCCUGUGUUUGUCAUUUAAUCUGUGCAAUAUGUUUGCAUGUAUUGUAGAAGAUACACAGAUAAUUUUGUACCAUAUUUUUCUGUCAACGUAAUAUGGUUCAAACUAUACUGCUUUUGUGGACAAAACACUAUCGAAUCCAGAGUUAAUUCUCUGUGCAGAAGUAUUUUUGUACAACAGUGUUGAGUGAUAUUUUCACUGAAGUGUUGACAUAGUGCCAAAUUUCCUCUUUCUGAGCGAUAGUUAAAUAUUAACACUGCAGUGAUGUGACAUGAAAUCAAUAGACUGUGCGUUUAUGUAUAACCAAAUAUCAAUAACUAUUGACACAAAACAGUCCUAUAUAUGUCGGCUUACACUCAAUUUAUUUAACGAUUUGUUAAUCAAGACUUUCCCAAAGUUGAGGACUUUGUGAUGUAAAACAUGAGUUGAAGUUACAAUCAGUUAUAGCACUAUGUCUUUAAUUGCAGUUGUUUACAUUUAACAUUAGAUUGUGCUUUUCUUUAACUUUGCUACAGCUUUGAGUCACUCGUUGGUCUCAGACUAAAUACAUUUCAGUACUGUAUUCAGAUGACAUUACUAUAUUUUUAACAUUUCAAACACUAAACAUGGUACAAGAAUUUGUUUUUUAUUUCUUGGUUUGGUAUGUAAUCAAUUUCCAUUUUGUAAAUAUCCAUAUCAUAUCAGUAGAGAAGGUUCAAAAUGGGAUAUUUUGCUUGUGUGUGCUUGAAUAUGCAAGAAAAUUCUGUUUCCUCACUACAAUGAGGGGAGUCAAAAGAUCUCCCAACUAAUGCUCAGUCCUCCAAAUGGCUGUGAACUGUAUGUUAUUGCCUUUUCUACAUUUGUUUUCCUAAAACUCAUUAUAUGGGAGACACCGGUUUACUAAGCACAAAGAAAUAUGUGGUGAUGUGGAAAAGUCUCCGAUCUGACAUUAUUAACAAUAACUUAUUAAUAGCUACAAGUAAUGUACAUGCAAUUAGAAUACCUGGGACACCUGGGAAUACAUGCAUUCACAUUUUUGUCUUCUUUUUAAAGUGUUGUAACUGAUCUCAGAUCAGAAGCUAUAGAAGCUAUUCCCACGUUCAAAUGGACUUCAUUCUCAAGAUGUUCAGCUGGGACUGUUGUGAAAACCCCAACAGGUGCUUAAACUAUGAUCCAGUUAUACCAUUGGUGACAAGAUUGUGUUUAUUCAAUGCUUUCUCAUUUCGUUGUCUGUAAACAGUGCUGUUUUGAGAAAAGGGGGGGGGGGGGGAAGAAUGUGGCAUAACUGUAAUGCAUGCAAGCCUUUUCUUUUCCCACAUCAGUGAACGUUCAACCAUGGUUGCAAUGCCACAAUGCCUCGUCUUUGUUUACAUCCUCCCCCACUGACCACCAGUAAGCAUUUUAAUCCCUACUCUUGCUGUUUGUUUAAAAUUGCCUGCACAGUAAAUCUGUAAAUAAUUAUUUCCCAAGCUUUCUCUAAUUUGUAACAUUGUGUUUACUUUGCCUUUUUUGCUUUUUUGACUGAAUGGAUUUUAGCGCACUUUAACAUUACAAAUGUCAUAUAAUCUUAAAGAAGCAGAAGUUAAAAGUAACCAUACUUAUGUGCUGUCACUCAGGUGUAAUGAUCUUUGUGUCAUACUGUUGAUCUGCUUCUUCACACAUGACUUCAUAAAUCAAGUUCACACAUUUAGACAAACCAACAUAUAGUAUAUACUUUCAGACUUGACAAAAACAACUCAUUGUUGGAUUUUUGCUUUUUAACAGUAAAAAAUAAAAUAAAAAUGUAUCUCAAUGUUUUAAGUGUGCAACACAACUGGGCACCCAAGAUUAUGUUUGGGGGGUAAAGUUCAUGGUAAUCUGACAUUAAUAAAACUUUACUUUGUUCUUGA